AUGAAUUUAGCUUAUACACCAACAGCUAUUGCUGUUUGCAACCCCCAGAGUGUACAAUGUGACCCUGACCCUCUACUGGAGGAGAACCUUGCCCUGAGGAAAGAGUUGGAGGAUCUCAAGAGAGAACGUGAUCGGCACAAAUGGAGUGCAGAGAAGAUUGCCAAUGAUGAUGGAAAGACCAAGUAUUACACUGGGCUACCUUCCUUUGCAGUGUUCACCUGGCUUUUCAAUUUCCUGAGACCUAAGGCAGAGAGAAUGAGGUAUUGGGUUGGUUCCAACACAGACCAGGAUUCAGACAGACAGAGAGUAUCAAUAGGCUCAUUGGGAUUGAUCGACCAGUUAUUUGCUGUUCUCAUCAGAUUAAGACUCGGCCUCUUCACAUCAGACUUAGCUUACAGAUUUUGUAUUUCAGAGAGUACUUUUUCGAAAUACUUUUCCACCUGGAUUUCUUUACUCUCCUGUGAACUUAAGUCUCUCAAUCCAUUUCCUACUCGAGAUAUUAUUGAUAGAACUAUGCCAUUAUCUUUCAAAGCUAAGUAUUCUUCUGUUAGAGUUAUACUUGACUGUACAGAGCUUUUUAUACAGAGGUCUUCAAAUCUUGAAAAUCAGAGUUUAACAUAUUCUAACUAUAAACACCAUACAACUGUGAAGUUUCUUGUUGGUAUCACACCAUCAGGUGUUAUUUCUUUUGUUUCUGUAGGCUGGCCAGGUAAGAUAUCAGACAGAGAACUGACAAUGAAUUCAGGUAUCUUAGAUUUAUUAGAUGAAAAUGACAGUGUCAUGGCUGACAAAGGCUUUACAAUAAGAGAUCUGUUGGAAAAAAAGAAAUGUAAAUUGAACAUACCCCCAUUUAGAGGUGUUAGUCCACAGUUUUCACCAGAUGAGGUAUUUGAAACUCAGGAGAUAGCUUUUUUAAGAAUUCAUGUAGAGAGGAGCAUAGGUAGAGUGAAAAAAUUUCACAUUUUAGAUGGUGUUAUGCCUCUAACCUUGAAACCACUUAUCACCAAGAUUUUUCAGGUUAUUUGUUGGCUUACAAAUCUGGAUGUUCCACUUGUUAAUAAUUAAUAUUUGUACAUGUAUUUAUUCCAAAUAUACAUUA